AUGGAAAAGAACGUCAAGAUGAAGAAGAAGGUAUAUGUCAAUUGAUUUUACUAGUUUAUUUCCCCAUAAACGUUGAAAACCGUCCUUGUAAACUUUCGUCCGGUUGUUUUAGGUUCUUCUGAUGGGCAAGAGUGGCUCUGGGAAAACCAGUAUGCGGUCGAUAAUUUUCGCCAACUAUAUCGCAAGAGACACCAGAAGAUUAGGCGCAACAAGUAAGACGUUCAUUUCCUUAAUUUUUAUUCAUUGGGCUGCGUUUCUUGGCUUGAAUUUUCUUUACUUUCUGGACUGUAUUUUAUACCUAGUCGUGUUGCACAGGAAAGAUCAAUACGCGCUCAAUUUAUCUUUUUAGUCGACGUCGAGCAUUCUCAUGUGCGAUUUCUUGGAAAUUUGGUUCUCAAUCUGUGGGAUUGUGGAGGGUAAGUUAGUUAACUGUUCCAACACAUUUUGCGAGCUUAGAUAUAAGAGAAUCUGAUCCUAGUAAUAUACAGAGAUAUUUCCCUACGUACUGUAGCUAAGCACUUCACAUAUCUAGGGCAAGUCGUUAAGGCUGUUCACAGGUAAGGUUUCCCCAUAAAUUUACUAUGCUUUUAUGUCGUGACUCUAUUCAUGUAAACUAGUUGCAUGAAACAAUAUGAUAUUGCUAAAUGUAUAAUAAUCUGUAUGGGGGCUCUGCAGAAAUCUUGCAGAAUACAAGGGGCUGGAGGGAAUGUGUUUUUUAUCCAAAGGGUACAUUUAGUUGGAAUGUGUUCCAUAAAUUUAACCAUAAAGAUCUGACGAUAGCAAAGGCAAGGAGAACAUCAAAAGCAAAUUAAAUUCAGGGAGCAAAACUACAGCUUUGCAUGUGCAGCAUGCUUUUCUCAAUACAUUUGACAUUUUGUUUGCUGUCCCUGCCCGACUGGGACAUGAAAAUGCUUUAUUUUACAUCCUUUGGAGGAAGUAAACAAGCGACCAUAAAAUUUUCUUUCUCUUUCUGAACUGUGUGGGAUCCUAAUACCACCGUAAUAAAUCGUUACAGUUGUAGGGUACUAAGAAAGUCAGUUUUACAGCUUGUCCUUUGAUAUACCAGCCCCAAAGAAUUUUCGAUGUGUAUAGUCGACUCCUGGUAACUCAAAUCCUCUAUAACUCAAACCUUCCGCUAACUCGAAGCAAUUUUCAUUUCCCUUCAGCUCGUUUUCUAUAUAAUUUUACCUUGAGCUUGAACUUUUUUCUGUACUUGUUGAUGGUUCAAAUUAAGGGGAGUCAGCUGUAGUUUAAAUCUUUAAUUUAUAAUAAAUUGUUAUUAUUAUUUAUUAAUUGAUUACAGCAUUAGUUAACAAAUUACUUGCUUUCUUAAUUUAUUGUAAUAGAUCAGUUCGAAGAACAGCUUCAUCCACAUGAAUUUAUUAGGAAUUUAGACUGUAAUAUUGUUUAAAUUCAAAUUACAGAAGUGUUGCAAGAAAAAUUAUUACAGUACUUUUGUAAUAUUUAAAUUCUCCCUAAAAACCUUUUGCUGCCCAUUGUACAAGUUAAGAACAGACUUCAUGUGAUGCAUUACAAAAUCAACUUGUCCGGGGCUAUCGGACAUGACUUUCUUCCACACUGCAGUUAUUAUGAUGUAAAAUGUGUGACAAGUGGAUGAACAUGUAAAAACCUGCUUAACGGAGAGAUUAGUUAGUAAGAUUAUUUCUCCCUUAUUUUUUCAGGCAAGAGGCAUUCAUGGAAAACUAUUUUACAAGCCAGAGAGACAACAUUUUCAGAAAUGUUGAAGUUCUAAUCUAUGUGUUUGAUGUAGAGAGUCGCGAGUUGGAGAAGGACAUGCAUUAUUAUCAGACUUGCUUAGAAGCAAUCCUUCAAAAUUCACCUGAUGCAAAGAUAUUUUGUCUAAUACACAAGAUGGAUUUGGUCCAAGAGGAUCAGAGAGACUUGGUGAGAUACUUUUUCUUUCUCUGUUAGUUCCACGGGUAUUAUAGUUGUAAAUUUUGCAAAGAAAACUUAUCUGUCUGAGGAAUAAACAGAUUUUAAAUGAAAUUUAAUAAUAAAAUUAUAAAAAAAUUAAUAAUAAUGAUUAUAAGUCAUUGGCAUAUACAUGUUUAGUGCAUGUGGCCUGAUAUUAACCCUUGUGACCAACAUCAAUUUUCUCCUAACGAUAUCCAUAGAUUGUCAAGAGCAAAGUCUAUGAGAAUUAAUAAAAUGAUCACAAAGAGAAAAAUCUUUGAUCUUUUAUCAAAUUCUCUCAACUAAUUCUUUAAGGAAAUGUAUAGAGAUAAGUCUGGAGAAUUUGUAUGUGGAUACUGGGGCUUAAAGGGUUAAAGCUGAUGUGGCAUCUUUUUAAGAAGAGCAGUGUAUGUAUAUGUUAUGGGUCAAAUUUGAUUUUAGGUUAGUUUAAUUUAACUAGGUUGAGUCUCUAUUUCCUUUGUUUCCUAGUCGUAACUCAUGAAAAAUUAGGGCUAGGAGUCGAAGGAAAUUGAGAAUCAACCUACAGCAGGUUAAAAAAAUUUAACCUGAAAUCAAAUUUAACCUGUAACAUAUACUUCAUUUUGUAUGAACGUGUGUGCCAAGCUACAUUAUUUCUUUUUGUAUCUGGCUCUCUCAUAACAGAUUUUCAGGGAGCGAGAAGAUGACCUGAAGAGACUCUCUAAGCCCCUCGAUUGCACCUGCUUUCGCACUUCAAUCUGGGAUGAAACACUCUACAAAGCUUGGUCAUCUAUUGUGUAUCAACUCAUUCCUAAUGUUACGCAGUUGGAGCAGAACCUUGAGAACUUUGCGUCCAUUAUUGAUGCUGACGAGGUUCUGCUAUUUGAGAGAGCCACAUUUCUUGUAAGUACUCUGUUUUUUGAUGUCCAAGCCAAUGAAAAUUAAACACAAGUCAGUGCCCCCCUCUCCCCCGACUCAAAAAAAUUGGGGAGCAAUGCUUGCCUGUUAAGAUAAUAGAAGGCUACCUGAAAAAUUGUGCUAAUUCUGGGAAAUUCAGAAUUCGAAAUUCCUUUUCAAACUGAAAAUCCAGAAAACUCAACAGAGAACCCUUACAAAAGGGCUGAAAAGUAACACGUACAAAAGUAUUUUAAUCUUCCUGUAAAUUUUGAGGCAAGAGACACAACAAUCACUGUCUGCUAAUAGUCAGCAACUUUGUACUCGCUCGCACUGAUCCUCUACACCAUUCCUGGCACUCUUAAAUGAUUACGAUGGGACUGAAGACUUUGUUUGUACAGAGCAGUGACUAAACUUGUAAAAGUCUGACUUUUUAUUUUGGUAUUAUUUUUCUUUUUUCUUUUCUUUGUUGUUCAUUUUAUUCAUCUAGUUUGUCUUGUUAUUCUUCUUGAUGUUAUUAGUGUAAGUGGCUGUGUUCCAAGCCUUAUCUUCUUUCUUGUUUUGUAAUUUAGGUUAUUGUCCUUCAGGUGUAUUGUAUUAUGUGAAAGUAUUGUAACAAAAGGAAGUCUGACUUGCUCAUCACUUUAUAUUAUUCUGUUUGUCAUCUCCAGGUUAUCUCUUACUGUCAGCGCAAAUCCCACAAAGAUGUACACAGAUUUGAAAAAAUAAGCAAUAUCAUCAAGCAAUUCAAACUCAGUUGCAGGUAAACAAAUGUCAGUCAUUUGAAAACAAGGAGAAAAUAAGUUGUUUGUUAUAUUGGAAAUAGUCAAACAGUUUGCAGAUACAUUACAUGUCCAUGAAGCUGAGCAGUUCGACUGUUGUAAAAUGAAAGUUACAUUAAAAAAGAAAAGGUAUUUUUAGCAGUUGGGGCCGGCGUACGUUAAUAUUAAUUUUAUUAUAACAUCAUGUGGAAACACUCUGUCAUCAGGAAUCCUAAUACCUAAUGUUAAAUACCAGGACUGUCAUUAAGUUUUAAGCAGCCCUAGCAAAUGAAGAUUGACCCGUAACAUCUCACAAAAAUCUUAAGCUUUCCACUUUGAUCACCCGCAACGCCAAGUGUGCUUAGCCAUAACAGGUGUUAUGGGUUACAACCCGUAAUGACAGCUCUGGAUACCAGAUCCCAUCCCUUCCUGUCUAAAGCCAGGGGAUGGGGUUCAAAUUUUCAUUGUACUCCAACCAAAAGGAGAUUGUGUACAUAGUAAAUUGUUAGUCUUUUUACUCAAUUUACUCUAUUUCUAUUUCUCCUGCCCUGCCAUCCGUUACAUUCUACUGGCUAUCCUCAUCCAAGCUCCAAAAGGUUCUAUGAUACACAAAUUUUCGUUGAAGCUCAGACUUGUUCUUUACUUUCAAGCUUUACUUGGCUGUAACUGUGCUAACCGUCUUUUCCAGCAAACUGCAUGCUCAUUUUCAAAGCAUGGAGGUACGGAAUUCAAGCUUUGGAGCAUUCAUUGAUGUCUUUACACCCAACACAUAUGUCAUGGUGAUCAUGUCUGAUUCAACAAUCCGUAAGUGCUAG